AUGGGUAUUGGAAAAUUUCGACAGUUCCAUGUCGCCGUAGCAUGUGGCUUUGGGUCUUUUUUGAUGAGUUUAAUCAACUCAUGGCCCUCGUAUACUGCUGAGAUAUAUUUUUCAAACACAACUACACCGCUUUCUGCUCCUAUGACCAAAUUCGAAGAAUCUCUUCUAGGAAGCUUGCCUUCUUUAGGAGCUAUGAUUGGGUCUUUGUUACCAGGAUUGAUAGUAGAUAGGUUGGGAAGACGAAAUGGUGGUGUUUUAUUAUCAUUGCCAGUUGUGAUAUCAUGGGCUAUCGUAAGUGUAACAACUUCAAUGAAGAUGGUGCUAGCAGCAAGGUUUUUAGGUGGUAUUUCUGGUGGUGCAUUUUUGGUUAUAGCACCUAUUUUUGUAUCAGAGGUAGCAGAAGAUUCUAUUAGAGGAACUUUAGCGUCAGCAUCUAUGUUCCUUUAUUGCUUUGGAACGCUUCUUUCGUACGUCAUCGGCACGUUCCUAACUUACCACAUUAUAAUUUGGAUAAACGUAAUCCUUAGUGUCACUGGUACUGUUCUUAUAGCAUUAGUGACGGAAAGUCCUAUGUUUUACCUACGGCAAAAUAGAGAAGAGGAUGCAAGAUUCUCAAUCGCCAAAUACCGUGGGGUACCAGUUGCAUCGGUUGUGGUAUUGGAUGAAAUAAGCAAAUUGAAGCAGCAGGUUCUACCGUCUGUAGAACUUGUGCCUAUAUCAGAAAGUCAGAAAUCUGAGAAAGAAGCAGAAGAAGAGAAAUUAAAAGUUGAAGAAGAGCAAGAAAAGCCACAGUCCACUUCGGCAUUUAAGCUUUUGUUUUUACAGCCUGCAUCUAGAUGGGCAUUGACCGUGGUAUCGAUAAUAAUUUCAAUGCAGGUAUUCAUGGGAUGCGUAUGUGUCCAGGUUUAUGCCAAGACAGUAUUCAUGCAAUCUGAUCCUAGCAGGGCUGAUUUCUACACGAUCAUUUUUGCAUUUGUAUUAUUUAGUGGAACUGCAGUCUCUGGUGUUAUAACUGAUAAAGCUGGCAGAAGGUCGUUGAUUAUUCCCUCAUCGGCGUUAGUAUUUAUAUGCAUGGCUGGUCUUGGUUAUUUACUGCAUUCAAAUAUUGCACCCCCAUUGGUUACUGUGAUUAUGAUUUUUAUAUACUCAUUUUGCUUCAUGUUGGGAGCUGGUACUAUACCUUACGUGCUGCUAGCGGAGGCUUUUAUACCUGAGGUUCAAAGUUUAGCUUCAAUGAUAGUCAUCGAACUGGUUUGGUUCACAAACUUUAUAAUCAUAGCUCUGUUUCCUUAUAUGGUUGACAUGUUCGGUAUUCACGGUAGCUUCUACUGUUUUAGUGUUAUAGGUUUGGCGAAUGCAAUAUUCUCAUUCUUCUUUGUACCAGAAACUAAGGGUCUGUCUAAUGCUCAAAUUCAGGAUGCAUUUUUAUCCAGAAAGAAAAACUAA